CCGAUAACUGAAUGGCCGCACAGUAAGUUAAUGGCCAGUUGGCCGUCGUGUAAAACUGGAAAACAAAAGAAAUAUCUUAUCUUCUUAAAAAUUGUUCAAACCUAAUCUACCGCCCACGUUCGCUCUUUUAAUAUUUGAACUGUUUAAAUCAAAAGUAAAUCAUUCGAUAUGGUGAAUAAGUGCAGUGUGACUUGUUGCAGAAGCCUGUACGCGAAGGACAAUGUCAAAGUUAGAUUACACAGGUUUCCUUUAUCGGAUCCAGAAACACUACCUUUGUGGAUAGCUGCCACCGGUAGAGAAAAAGAUUGGAAACCUUGUAAAAGUAGUAGAUUGUGUGGUAAUCAUUUUGAAAAAUCUGAAUAUAUAAUUGGCCAUGGCAAAGGUGUUUUAAAGACAAAAUCAAUCCCGACAAUUGAAUAUCGUACAGAUGAUAUGAAAUACCACAAAAGGAAGUCGCUAAAUACAAGUAAUGAUGACGGGCAAACGAACAAAUAUUUAAAAGUCAAGCCAGUGGAAAUUAGCGAUACAAAUGUUGAAAUUGUCCAACUUGACUAUAAUGAUUUAAAUAAUGAUCAUCAAAAUAAGGGUAACAAUUGUGGUAAUGAAGAAUCAUAUUAUAAAAUUGAGGAUGUAAAAAUAGAUGAUGAAAAAUACAUAAAAAAAGAUAAACAUGUUAAUUUUUCAAACUCUGAGAGUGAUUAUGACAACAGAGAUAAUUCUAAUUGUGAUGAGGCAUUAAAAAAUGAAUAUGAAGAUUUUAACUAUGAAACAAAAAAUGAUAUUUGUAACCGAGAAAAUCAAUGUUAUAUGUUUACAAGCAGUUUCAAGGAAGGUGCCGAACCCAUAGUUUUAACACCUCCGGAUGAAAAACCAUCUGAAGUAUCAUUGAGCAUGAAUAUUGACCAAUCAAUAGCGGAUUCCAAUUUUAAUAAAAUUAUGGCUUUAAAAUUAAAAAAACAAAGACGCACUAAAGAUAUUUAUUCAUUAUACUUCAAGUCUUUGAGGAAAAAAAACUUCCAAAAACAACAAAAAAAUUUAAGUUCUUUUAACAAUGAGACAGCGUCAUUUGCUGCUUUUAUAGAAGCUCAAAUGAAAGAUUUACGUAAAAAUAAAAAAGUUUAUUUAACAACAAAACACAAAAUUCAAAAAAUACUAAUGAAAGCACAGCUUGAAAUAGCAAAUUGAAUCAAGUUUAAAAAUGGCCCAAAAGUAGUUUUUGUUUAAUCUUGUAAUAAAUUUAUACAUACCAUUAUACUAUUAAAAUUAUAUCAUAUAGUAUUUUAUUAAUGUAGAAUAAUAUUUUUAAUAUAAUA